GACACGGAGUGUACACGGUUAGUAUUUGACCGGUCGCGAUUCGGACAACGUGCACAACGGCGGUGGUAUGUGCGCAGCUAUGCAACAGUACGCGACGUACGGAGAGUGUGUAUCGCUAUCGGGUGCGUGUCGUUAGAGAGGGUAAAACUCGAUCUUUCUCGGAUAGUCGGUGCUCCGGUGGCUCCAGCCACGGAAACACGUAUUCCGCCGAGGAUUGCGUGCUUUCGCUGUUUCGUGUUUGAUAGUCGUUGUCGUCGUCGUCGUUAUACGUUAAGUAUAACGAAAUUCUCCGUAUACCACGGCGGGAUCGUGCCGGUUCAAGCCAUCGGCGAUCGCCUCUGCUACGCGGUAGUUUCGUCCGCGCGUGAUGAUCCGAUCUCGAGAUCGUGAUCCCGCGAGUGUACAACAGGUGCGAUCACGAUCGUGAACAAACGUCGCGAUUUCCUCGAUGAUUGCCUCGAUCGUUCCGCUCGUUCUCCGUGAAGAGAAGAAGGGAAUAGACGAGACGAAACAAACGAGGUGGAGAUCGAGUUGUGCUUUCGGCUCGUGGUGGAGAAGAACCGACCCGAGAGAAUUCGUGGAAAACCCGGUGUAUCCGGUUCAUCAACGUUGAUCGAAUUAGAUUGAGGUCAACGACGGGCUGCCCGCAACAGGCCGGACGAAAGUCGCCAACACCAUGGAUUGGUGGCUGCGCGGGCGGAUUAUCUACACCUACUCGUUAUGGGUCGUCUUCAAGGCAGCAGCUGUGGGCGGUAUUUUCGAUUCCAUGGUUGGAGAGAUGGUCGUCGAGGCCGGAAAGAACGUAACGCUGAAUUGUCCGGGUGUGACAGAGAAUUCGCUGAUACUGAUGCUGGAAUGGCGGGUUAACAGCAUGCAGCUGCUCGAGUACAGCAGCAACACCACCAUCGUGUGGAACCAUCAGAACAGGGUGUCGUUGUCGCUGAAGAACUACGCGCUUCAGUUCCAUCCGGUCACCGCGCAGGACACUGGCGAGUACACCUGCUUGGUGAACAGCCGCAGCAUGGCCGAGGCUGUCAUCAGUCUGAUAGUUCACGGUUAUCCAUUGAGUUUGCACGAAGUUGGCGAUGCCAUGGAGAAAGCAAAUCGCGGAACGAAUCGCGCGGAGUGCGAAACAGUGGAGGAGGAGGAGGAGGAGAAGAAGAAGGGGAGGGGAUAA